AAAGAAGCAUUUGAUUCGCGAUUUCUUCAAUAGCUUCUUCAGAUCAGUGCAUCAAUUGUCAGCGUCCCUGUAAAAUCUAGGAUCUGUUCCAACAAAAAAGUCAAGACCCCUCCCACCCCAACGAACCGGGGUCUCCUCCACCUAAAUCCAACCACCAAAACUUCCAGCAUCGCCAACAUUUCCCUUCUUCCUUUCCCACCACAAGACUCUCUCUCCCCCCCUCUCUCUCUCCAAACAACCCAAUUCGCGUCGCAAAACCCCCCAGAAUAUCCUCCAGCAAUGGCUCCCUCCCAAAAGGCAGCGCCCCAAAAGCCUGCCUCCUCCCCAAUCAAAACCGCCUACCUCAUCCUCUACAAUGCCGUCUCCGCCAUAGCUUGGGCCUCCGUCCUCGCAAACACAGUUUCCACGCUCUACGCCGGCGGCGGACCUAGCCUCGUCUACGUCACCACCGGCGAACAGACGAAAUGGGUCCAAACCGCAGCCGCCAUGGAAAUCCUGCACUCCCUCUUCGGAGUCGUCCGCGCGCCCCUCUUCACAACUCUCAUGCAGGUCGCAUCCCGUUUCCUGCUUGUCUGGGGCGUCCUCUUCUUGUACCCGUACCUCGCCGUCGAAUCGCCCACGUACAGCUCCAUGCUCAUCGCCUGGUCCGUCACCGAGGUCAUCCGCUACUCUUACUUUGCUCUCAGCCUCGCCGGCUUCACGCCUCGCAUCCUCACCUGGUUGCGAUACAACACCUUCUUCAUUUUGUAUCCAAUUGGCAUUAUGAGCGAAUGCUCGCUCAUCUAUUUUGCUGCUGUGGGACCUGCUGCGAACGCUACCGAGUAUCCAUUGACUCUGAUGCCGUAUAUUCUGUAUGGCAUUUUGGCAAUCUACGUUCCAGGCGCAUAUAUCUUGUACACUCACAUGAUGGCCCAACGACGAAAAGUCUUGCGCAGCCUAAAGACCAAGGACGAAAAGGCGACACAAUAAGCGAAGAGUAAUUAUACAAAAGAGCAAGAAUCACAUCUAUGCAAGACAUGGCGAUAUUUGCAUACUAGAUUCUUGGCAGGAGUUUUUUGUGAUUGGGAUAAUAAGACGGGCAGAGCGUAAAAAGAAAAAAAACCAAAUACCGUGUGUGUAUACAGACAGUAAUAAUGCUAAUCGUAAAAAUAUUCAAUCCAACCGUCUUCUUCGCGC